UCAUUAACAAUCACUUGGAAAAAAGGUUAUCUGAGUUCGGGCCGCACGGAUAGUAUCUUUUCGGCCCAUGUGAGAUUUGGCCCAUUUAUUCAGGAUCCUCCUCGCCGAAUGUCUCAAGAGAGAAGCAUUGUGAAAUGGAACUGAUGGAAACACAAAGGAAUCCAUAUCGAUUUGGAUGAUUAUAACGAUCUUCAUGUACUAAAACCCAAGUGUUUAACAAUUUUUUCAAGUUUGCACAAGUGAAAGAGUCACUAUGGAAUUAGCAGACAGAACGAUUGGACUGCUUUUGACGGUGACUAGCUUGUCCAUUUUCACAUAUUAUACCUUCUGGGUCAUCAUUCUGCCAUUGGUUGAUACUGAUCAUUUUGUGCACAAAUAUUUUCUACCUCAAGAGUAUGCAAUUCUUAUUCCUGUAUUUGUUGGAAUGGCACUCAUCUGCUUGCUGAGCAUGUUUAUUGGAUAUGUGAUGCUCAAGUCCAAAAAGAAGAAGGCAUGAUUCAACCAUGCUAAGCCUGCUGCUAGCUGUUAGAUUAUAUGAUACUUCAUAGUUUUGCCCUUGAACAGCUUAAUCAUAUAAAUUCUCUUUGAUCUGAAAAUUCUAGAUAUGCCUUCAGUAGUCACUGCAUAUUGAUAACAAGCUCAAUUUUGUGUUUGUAGUUUAUGACUGUUGAAAAUGUUUUAGAUGAAAAUAUGAUUGUGUUUAUAAAUACUA